CAUCCAAACACUCCCAUUUUUUCUAGAAUUUUUGUCUUUUUUUGUGUGCUUAAACGCGUUUUCGAAAAAGUUUGUCUGCUUGGGUAGUCUGUUAAAGGAUUUAGAUUCUAGAUUUUUGAGUGAAAGAAAGCAUAUUGUUAGAGUUAGAACACAUCAUGGUCAAAAACUAAGUGAUUUAAAUGAAAAAUUAAAAAAUAAAUAUAAAAGUAUGGUUCAAUCUUCAGAUACUGGAAUUUUUGUUUGUGGCACAAAUUCAAUUAGUAAUUUGAGUGCCAGUAAAUGCAUUGAAGAAGCAGAAAGUAUAAUUAAAACUACAAAAUUGAUUAAUCCAAAUAUGAAUAUAUGUAUGGUAACAAUUCCUUUUCGAUCUCGACCAUUGAAUGAAGGCACUUUUGGUAAAAUCGCAGAAUAUAACAAGCAGUUGAAAUUAUUAUGUUACAGUCAGAAGGUUGAAUUUUUACGUGUCACCUUUGAAAAAGGUAUGUUGUAUGAUAAACUUCAUCCAAACUCAUUAGGUUAUCAGUUAAUGUAA